AGAGAGAGAGAGAGAGAUUUCUAUUUCUGAUUGUGACUGGCCAUGGCCUCCAGCUGUGGUCCGCUUGAUAAUCCUUGUUUUAAUCUGCCGGGGUGGCAGGAUGAUUGUGGACGCAGUCUCACUCCGAGCAUCGGGAGUAAAAGGCAGGGCCUAAAUCGUGGGGAUUAUUCGCUCUUGCUCUCUGUCACCCUCACUCUCACUCUUGCUCUCUUUUAUCCUCUUUUCCAGCAUCCCAUGUUCUGGCCUUCAUUUGUGUAUUUUGGAGCAGCCAUGACCACAGUUGGCGGUGUUCACCGGGGCUACCUCAGGAAAUACGGGGGCUUCAUGUUCAAGCAGUGGAAGGACAAGUACGUGGUUCUAAGCUUAGAGGGAAGCCUGCUGGUGUGCCGUGACGGCGAGUCCCCACCCGACCAGGUGGUGGACCUGCAGAGCCAUUGCGAGAUGAUCGUGGAGGGCCGAGAGAUCCUGGACCUGCCCAGGCUGCCAGCGGGGGGCCGCAGGGACUGUUGCUUCGCCCUCAUCCUGCAGCAGAACAAGUUCCUGCUCAUGCUCGCCGACAACCCAGAAGACUGCACUCUGUGGCUGAAGCUGAUUAGGAAAGUGAGAGAGGGUGUCAUGUCUCCCACCUACCUGCAGAGGCAGCGCAGCAUCACCCGCUGUAUCACCGACAGGGACCCACUGCCCGACUCCGGCAGCGACAAGGACCCCGGCUCGCCCCGGCCAAGCGAGGGUACCCCACUGCCGUCAGCACACGUCUCAGAGAGGGGCGGCUCACUGAGAGAGAGAAGUCAGAGUCAGGUCGUCGGACCUCGGCGGCCCCUGCGUAGCGUCUCAGUGACCCCCCCUCACCGGGUAUCGGAUUGUCUUCGCCACGGCAACAGCAGCGACGCCCGGGCGGUGAGGGCAGUGUGCCUCCUGAUGGGCGGGGCGGCGGCCUCCUCGGCCCUGGGCUACCUCAACUCUUGCUCGCCGUUGGCGGGCAGAGCGUCCGAGAUGGUCCAUGCUGGCUCGGGAGGCUUCUCAGAGAUGCCGGCCGGGGGUUCCUUUCAUGCCUGCGACCAGGACGUGGACUCUGACACCCACUUCAACAGCUUCGACUUUGAGGGCGACUCCGACUUUGACGCAUUUGACUGCGGGGGGUUUGCCUUUUAAAAGAUGCUUGUAUGGGCAGUACAUUAAAGUGGGGGUUCUUUUAGGUCCAGGGAAGGAAUUUGAUCAAUGACCACCUCUUAAUCUUUAAGAUAAUUCAACAUACAGGAUUGUAACUGCCAUGGGUACCCCUGAACGCCAUAGGAAGUAAAAAGUAAGCUAUUUUCGAGUGAAAAAAGUUGUAACGAUAAACACUUGUUGUUCUUAAAAUAUCCAUCCAUCCAUCCCUUUUCUAAUCCGUUUAUCCUCACAAGGGUCGCGCGGGCGUGCUGGAGCCUUC